AUGAACAGCUCUGAUCCCGUGGAGGCCGCAGAGGUCGCCAAAUCGGCGGCCUACGCUCAUGACGCUGCCCAUCACGAUAAACACAAGCAUGCUGUGUCCGACGUGCGCCCGGACAUCUCUUCCGAUGUCGAUGUGAUUCAAGCAUCCUCCGAAAAAGUCGCGGUUGGCGCAUCGGAGCCUGCAUACGAUGAGGACACCUCGCUGCAAAAGACCUUCCCCAACCCAGAGGAGAUGCAGAAUCUGCGUCGAGUAGCUGGCAAAAUCCCCUGGACAGCCUAUACUGUCGCCUUUGUGGAGCUGUGCGAACGUUUCUCGUACUAUGGCACCACUGCAGUGUUCGUCAACUUCAUUCAGCGUCCCCUGCCCGAGGGCUCCAGCACCGGUGCGACUCAUGGAGUGGGUAACCUGGUGCCAGGUGCUUUGGGGAUGGGCCAACAAGCAUCGACAGGACUAACUUUGUUCAACGCCUUCUGGUCAUAUAUUAUGCCGCUGGCCGGUGCUUUGAUGGCGGAUCAAUACUGGGGUCGAUUCCGCACUAUCAUGUUCUCCAUCGCCGCCGCACUGGUGGGUCAUACCAUCCUUGUCAUCUCCGCCAUCCCCCCGGUCAUCAAGAAUCCCGACGGGGCUAUCGCUUGCUUUUCGAUCGGUCUGAUUGUCAUGGGUAUCGGCACGGGUGGUUUCAAGUCCAACAUCUCCCCUUUAAUCGCAGAGCAAUAUCGCGAAGACACUCCUUUCAUCAGGACCCUCCCCUCCGGAGAACGAGUCAUCGUUGACCCGUCUGCCACGGUCUCCCGUAUCUAUCUAUACUUCUACAUGAUGAUCAACAUCGGUUCCAUUCUGGGCCAGGUCAGCAUGGUAUACGCGGAGAGAUACGUGGGAUUCUGGUUAUCAUACCUCUUGCCAACGAUCAUGUUCACAUUUUGUCCAACCGUGCUCUUCUUCUGCCGCAACAAAUACUAUCUGGUCAAGCCGACUGGUUCCGUCUACCUCCAGGCCUUCCGCACCUGGAAGCUCGCCAUGAAGGGACGCUGGUCCCUGAACCCAGCCCGGCUCUUCAAGAAGAAUCCUAGACCAUUCUGGGACUCGGUUAAACCCAGUGCGCUUGGAGCGAACCGGCCCGAAUGGAUGACAUUCGACGAUGAAUGGGUGGACGAGGUUGCCCGCGGAUUGAAGGCUUGCAAGGUGUUCCUGUGGUAUCCUCUCUACUGGCUUGCGUACAACCAAAUGUUGAACAACCUCACAUCACAGGCAGCCACCAUGCAACUCGGCGGUGUCCCCAACGACAUCAUCAAUAAUCUGAACCCCUUGGCUCUGAUCAUCUUCAUUCCCAUCAUGGAUCAGCUUGUCUAUCCCUUUUUGCGUCGGGUCGGAAUCAAGUUUACUCCCUUGAAGCGCAUCACUGCCGGUUUCUUCGCCGCCGGUCUCUCCAUGAUCGCCGCUACGGUGACGCAGUACUACAUUUAUAAGUUGGGCAAGUGCGGCAAGCAAGCCAAUUAUUGUCUAGAUGAGUACAAUUCGCAUUCUCCGAUCUCCGUGUGGGUGCAGGCUUUGCCGUACGUCUUGGGUGGUAUUUCCGAGAUCUUCGCUUCGGUGACCUCGCUCGAGUAUGCGUUCACCAAAGCCCCGCGCAAUAUGCGGUCCUUGGUCCAGGCCAUCGCACUGUUCAUGAAUGCGUUCUCGUCGGCUAUCGGACAGGCUUUGGUCAGUUUGUCGGAAGAUCCGCUGUUGGUCUGGAACUACACGGUGGUGGCCAUUCUGGCGUUCGUUGGCUGCUUCGGAUUCUGGGCGACAAACUAUAAGUUGGAUCGCCAGGAGGACGAGUUGAACAACCUGCCUCAGAGUCAUUAUGAGGGGCGCGGAGAGGGAGAUGCGGAGCGUUGA